AUGAGCGACGUCAACGAAGACGCGAAGCAGGCCCUGGCUGUCACGUCGUCCGAAGACACCAACCAGACUGCCCCAGAGCAAAUCAGCACCGCCAAAGAACGCGCCAAAGCCGUGUUCGAGGCCGCGACAGCAUCACCUGCGCCCCACAAUUCGACACAGAGAAUCGACAGUGGACAGAAUGAGCAGGGCGAAGAUAGAGCUGUGAGCAGGAAGAGAAAGCGCGAAACCACCGCCCAACGGAUUCAAACCGACCAAUAUGUGACGCGCGAGUAUCAGUACAAAGCAGACUUUGCUGAGCGCAACCACAAGCCAUUGCUUCUGCAACAGAAGCAACAAGAGGUCCAAUACUACCAAAAGCUAGCAACCGUCCGACAGCAGAAUCCUGGCCUUAUCUUCGGUGUAGGCUAUGAAGGAUUUGGCAACCCACGCACUGAUGAUCGAUCCGUGCGCGAUCCGAUACUGUACCCGCGUAUGCGACGCGCCGGGAAGAAGCAGACCAGACCACCGCGUGUAUCGAGAAGCGAACAAGCAAUCCAGGCCGAGCAGGAUGAAGAGCUUGUGCCAAUACGCCUCGACGUGGAAUGGGGAAAAAUCAAGUUACGGGACACAUUUACUUGGAAUCUACAUGACCAUACCACAAAUAUUGAAUACUUCGCUGAGAAGUUAGUUGAAGACUUUGGCUUGGAUAUUGCUGCGUGCGAAACCUUGGUUAAGAAAGUGGCAGCCAACGUUCGUGAACAGCUGACAGAUUACACACCUCAUAUUUACGCUCAGCCGGAGCCGCUAGACCCUCACCUGCCAUAUAGUGCCUAUAAGAACGAUGAGAUGCGCAUCCUGAUCAAGUUGAAUAUAACCAUUGGACAAAACACACUAAUCGACCAAUUCGAAUGGGAGAUCAACAACCCAUACAACUCACCUGAGGAAUUCGCAAGGCAAAUGACCCACGACCUUAGUUUGGCUGGUGAAUUUACAACAGCGAUUGCUCAUUGUAUUCGCGAACAGAGCCAGUUGUAUACAAAGUCUCUGCAUUUGACCAGUUAUCCAUUCGACGGGAGAGUAAUCGACGACCCAGAUCUCAAGGAGAACUUCCUGCAAUCCCCACUACCUACCCUCUUCAGACCAUACCAGAUGGCCAAGGAGUAUGCGCCAUACAUUUACGAACUGAACGAGGCGGACCUUGAAAGGACUGAGUUAUCUAUCUCGCGUGCACAGAGACUUCAGAAACGAGCAACUCACAGGCGUAACGGUCCUCCACUGCCAGAUUUGAAGGAGAAACCCAAGACCAUCAGGUCUCUUGUGGUUUCGUCGGUGAUACCAGGAGGAGCACUGACUAUGGAAGAUAGUCGAAUCUUCAGGGCAGCCCGUCAAAGCCGCAAGACAGGACGUGGAGCUCGAGAUGAGUUUGACGAGAGUGACGAUUCGGCCAGUGGGGAUGACUCUGCUCCUGACUCACCUGCUAUCCCUACUCAUCUACUACCACCCGGAUCUUCUCGCACCAGAGGCACCAUGAGAAGCGCUGCUCUUACUGCCACAGCAGGCAUCAGAAGCAAUUUGAAUGGUGUUCGAUCUGCCACACCCGAAUCCAGUGUUGCGCUAGAGCCCAGAAGCGCUGCAAGACGAAGGGACUACAAAGAAGAGAGUGAAGAUGACAAUGACAAGCUGGUUGUUGUUCUCAAGGUCGGCAAGCAGAAGCUAAGAGAAUGGGCACGAGCACAACGCUUGAAAGAUCGAGCAGGCCAUCAUUCAAACACUGGAAGCCCCAUGCCCGGGCAGCGACCAAAGGCGGCACCAUUAAACCUGGCUGCCCAGCCUCCUCCUCCACCGAAUACGAAACCUCAGGAGAACAUGUUUGGAGCUAUCGACGCACCACCAGAUCCGCCCAGUGCGGAGCACCCUGCUCCGUCACCCCCAGACUGGCUACUGGAGGGUCUCGAGAAGUUACGAGUCCAGUAUCGAGACGACAAAUUCCAGGCGACAAUGAAGCAUACGGCUAUUGAUCCUGUGACUGGUGGACCUGUACCAGCCGACGACCAAAACCGGCACUUUGAUCACAAGUACGUGCCUCGGAUCAGAUGCUUGGAUUGUCCAGGAAAGCUGUACGUGACUGGGCCAGGCAUGACUGCAGAACGAUUCGAAGCACAUCUGAAGAACCGAAAACACAGAGAAUCAGUGGAAGCGAGGCUAGACCAGGAGGGAUAG